UGGGCGCACGCUCCGUGGGUGGAGAGGGUGGGACUGCCGAUGUCAGUUGGUCCGAGGGUUCGAGCCUGAGGCGUCCUCCGGAGGCCUCCCCCGCCCGGCGCACCCAGCGGCAGACCAAUAUCCAAGGCCCAAAAGUUUGUUACCCAAGAUGAUGAAUGCUGACAUGGACGCAGUUGAUGCUGAAAAUCAGGUGGAACUGGAGGAAAAAACGCGACUUAUUAAUCAAGUGUUGGAACUCCAACACACACUUGAAGAUCUCUCUGCAAGAGUAGAUGCAGUUAAGGAAGAAAAUCUGAAGCUAAAAUCAGAAAACCAAGUUCUUGGACAAUAUAUAGAAAACCUCAUGUCAGCUUCUAGUGUUUUUCAAACAACUGACACGAAAAGCAAACGAAAGUAAGGGAUAGCUGUCCCUCUGUCUAUGGAGUUGCUGCUGAUGUUUUUUCUUUAAAUGUUGGAUAGAUUCCAGAAGUUAUUUGUUUGUGGCUUCAUUGACUAUGAAGAUAAUGUCAGAUCUAGGCAAAAUUAAGAGCAUAACAGAAGACUUCUAUAAGUUUGUGUAUUAUGUUAGUCUUUGAAAAAUGUGAUAAUGUAUUGUAGAGACUUUAUAAUUAGAAAUGCAUAUAUUUAUGAAACUUGAUAAUGUUUUAUCAAAUUUGCUUUGAUUUAUAGGUUUAGCACUGUCUUUUAUUAUAGGCGUAGUUAGGAGAUACAAGAAAAUAAUCAUGUUGUGAAAGUGACCAAAAUCGUGUACUAAAUGCACAGCUUUAUAUACCCCGUCCACCAUCUUGUGCCUCUUUCUCCAUUCGCUACUUCCUUCCCAUUUCCCUUCCCCCAAAGGAAAAAAACCGAUUUCACAUUUGUAAAAGUAAUUUCAAUCGUUAAUUGUCUGGAGAGUAACCUGAACUCUAAUUGUUGAAACUUAACCAAAAUAAGAUACUUUCUCAGUUAGGGCUUGUUACUUGUUAGCCGUUCCCCCAAUAACAAUGUUUCAGUCACUGACAGGCACGGUAGCCGAGGUGUACAGUGGGCUCUCCCAUCUGGGUUUGUGUAAGUGCAUUCUAUGAUCUUUGCACAGCGUUUGCACAAUGCCUUUUCAGAACGUAUUCUUCUGGUUAAGCAGUACAAGUCUGUAUUUAGUAGUAAGAUAGGAUUGUUGGUUUCCCUUUAAUCAACUGAAAAUAGAGGCUAUAAAGAUGAAGGUUUUUCCUUGAAACUGAAUUGUAAAAUUGGGAAACUUGUUGUUGAAAACUUUUACACUAAAUAAUUUGGUAUCUGAAAAGAUGAGCUCUGGUUAUAUGUAUGUAUGUUUGAAAUAGAAAAUUUUGAGAAAAGACAAGUAGGAUGGAAGAAGUACUUGAUAAACAGUAGUAACCAACUCCAAAUGUUUUUACUCCAGAUCUGUGUUCUCUCUGGCACAGAUUAGAUAUUUGGGAAUAUAUAUGAAAGUGGAUUAAGUUUAACAUUAGCCAACUACAUCUAGAAUAGAAUAGUUUCAAAGCGUUUGGUCUCAAAGUAUAUUUGUAGUACCGAGCAGAUCAAUUUCUGCAAAAUCCCUUGAGUGUAUAAGUAUCAGAAUCAUGAAUGGGAGAGUUUUACAUGUAUACUAAUUGAUAAGGUUCUCAGUAUUUUAUCUAUUUCUCCCAGAAUUUUCUAUAAAUCCAACUUCUUGGUUUGCAGUUUUAAUCAUUCUUCAGCAAUUUUUUUAAAUUUAUUUUGUAGAUUCCAUUUGCUAAUGGAAAUUAAUCAGAAGUAAUGUUAAAAUGUUAAAUAGGAAAAGAGAAUCACUAAUAUAGCUUGUAGUUAAUAGAUUUGGCCUACUUUUUAAUCAUGGAAUAAUCUUGUAUCGGUGUACAAUUUGAUGAAUGACUAGCUGUAUGAACAUGUAAUAGUCAUACUGUAAAACAUUUUGCAUCUUUUGUGACAUAAUUUACAAAUGUUUAAAAUGUGUUGCAAUUUUACUUUGCUGUUUAAUAAAAGGCUGUUUCAGAAA